UCUGCGUCAAGAGAAUAGCGCAAUUAUUUACAAACUGUGUAGUUUAUAGUUAUUUUCUAACAAGAUCUAGAUCGAGGUUUCUUAUUCAGUACUUUUUAAAAAUAUAUAUAUAUAGGCCUAUAACGUUGGUUUCAAUAAUCUAGAUUUUUUUUUUCUGUGUUGGUGGAUAGAGUUUUUUUUUUUUCCAAACUGCGUUUGAUACGCUCCAAUAAAAUCUUUAUGUAAGCUACCGGUGUAAAUGUGUCAGGGGUCACUAUCCGUAAAAACUGUGCGUGUAGAAAGUCGAGGGACUUCAAAAUGACAUUGUAAAUUCAUUUCGGACUUAACGUUUCGUCUGAUGUUUUGCAGUUUGUCAAAAACUACGAGAGAAUGAAUGACAAUGGAAGUUUUAGUGAAUUCUGUGGAGGCAGUAAGAUUUUUGAUGUUGACCUUCUCUUGAACAACACCUGGCCAGAGUUUACACCAUGUUUCCAGAACUCACUGAUCAUCUGGGUACCUUGCGGCCUGGUCUGGAUAACCUUGCCCUUUUAUCUUAUCUACCUGUUUUGUUACGUGGACAGUUUCUCUCUGCCUGUCAACAAACUCAAUGUUUCCAAAAUGAUUAUAAGCUUUCUGUGUUGCCUUGUGUCUGUGAUUGAUACACUCAAGUCUGAGCCAGACUCCCGUAGUACAUCAGAUGCUAUCCCUACUGUGGUCUACUUGUCUGGCUUCAUCAAGGCCAUUACAUAUCUGUUAGUUGUGUUCCUGAUUCACUUAGAGCGAGUCAAAGGAAUCAUUACCUCUGGGGUCUUGUGGACUUUCUGGACUUUGACAUUUCUAGCCAACAUCAUUCCUUUUUAUACCAAGAUUUAUUUAAAGGACUAUGAUCAUCACCAGUUUUCUUUCGUUGUGUUUGUCUUGUACUUCUCACUGCUGUUUGCUCAAUUCAUUUUGUUUAGUUUUGCUGAGCAAGUCACCAGGCAGGGGUAUGAACUCUUGGGACAGAAACUGUCUCCAGAAAUUACUGCUUCAUUCCCCAAUAGACUGACAUUUUGGUGGAUGAACGGAAUUAUAUUUCAUGGCUACCGUAAAGGUAUCAAAGAGGGUGACCUUUUUGAUUUACACACUAGAGAUAAAGCAGAGAGAGUUGUGCCCCAGUUUGAGAAUGCCUGGCAGGCAGAACUAGAUAUUGCAAAGAAAAGAAAAAAGAAGAAAGAAACUGAUACAAGGCUUCAGAAUGGAUACGCUUCAUUUGACAACAGUGGGAAGAAAACUGACAGUGUCAAACUAUCUACUGGAGAAAAAACACCGUUACUGAACAGAAGAUCCAAUGUAAGGACAUCAUUAGCCGACGAAACUGCCAGAACUAGUGCUAGUGAGAAAGAAAAGGAUAAUGAGGACCAUCUAGUUCAAGCUUCAUUAUUUAAGGUGUUGGUGAAGACUUAUGGGAUAGAAUUACUUAAUGCUCAAGUCUGCAAGUUUGUUUAUGACUUGCUUCAAUUUGUUAGCCCUCUAUUACUUAGCACCCUGAUUCAGUACACACAGGAGAAGCUAGAUAAUCCAAGUCAAACCCAUGAAUGGAAAGGCUAUGUCUACGCUUCUUCCUUUUUUGUUGUUUCCAUGGCAGGAUCCAUUAUGUUCAAUCAAAACUUCCACCUUGGGAUGACGCUAGGGAUGAGAAUAAAAGCUGCUCUUAUUGCGGCUGUUUACAGAAAGAGUCUUACUAUCAGCAAUGAAGCUAAAAAGCAGUCCACAGUUGGGGAGAUAGUCAACCUAAUGUCAGUUGACUGUCAUAGGAUGCAGGAUGUCACAGGUUAUCUCUGGAUGCUGUGGUCAGCUCCUCUUCAGAUUGGCUUGGCCUUAUACAUGUUAUGGGAUGUCAUGGGAGUGUCUACAUUGGCAGGACUGGGGGUGAUGGUCCUGUUGAUGCCUCUCAAUGGGUUCAUUGCUAUGAAACAGAGGAAGUAUCAGAUCAGUCAGAUGAAGUUAAGAGAUCAGAGGAUUAAACUGAUGAGUGAAGUCUUAAGUGGGAUCAAGGUUCUAAAAUUGUAUGCCUGGGAGACAUCUUUCCAGAAAAAAGUAGAAGAAAUUCGAGAUAAAGAGUUGGAGCUUCUGAAGAAGACUGCUUACUUGAAUGCAUUCUCCACUUUUUGCUGGACAACAGCACCAUAUAUGGUAACUCUGGCCACCUUUGCCACCUAUGUCCAGGUCUCAGACACCCACCAGCUGGACGCUACUAAAGCUUUUGUCGCCCUCUCUUUGUUCAACAUCCUCAGGUUCCCCAUCAACUUGCUGCCCAUGAUGGUUUCCUUCAUUGUACAGGCAACAGUUUCAAUGAAACGUAUCAGCAAAUUUCUGAGACAAGAAGAUUUAGACCUAGACAGCGUUUGUUAUGAUCCAAAUUUUGAGUCAGCUGUGAGAAUAGAGAAUGGAACUUUUACUUGGGAUGCAACAUUAAACAAUCCAACACUUUCUAACAUUAAUGUCAACAUUCCUGAGGGUCGGCUAAUUGCCAUUGUUGGCCAGGUUGGCUCAGGGAAAUCUUCUUUGAUAUCAGCCAUAUUGGGAGAGAUGCAGAAGUUACAAGGGGAGGUAACCAUAAAGUCUAGUAUAGCGUAUGUGCCCCAGCAGGCCUGGAUCCAGAAUGCAACACUAAAGGACAAUAUUCUGUUUGGCAAAGAAGAAGAUCCUGAUGUGUACGACAAGGUUUUAGAAGCUUGCGCUCUGAAGCCUGACUUGGAAAUAUUACCUGGAGCUGACCUGACAGAAAUUGGAGAAAAGGGUAUCAACCUGAGUGGAGGUCAGAAACAGAGAGUGUCCAUGGCUAGAGCAGUCUACAGUGAUGCUGAUAUCUACCUGCUGGAUGAUCCCCUUAGUGCGGUGGACUCCCAUGUAGGCAAGCACAUCUUUCAAAAUGUCAUUUCCUCUAAAACUGGCAUGCUGAAGAAUAAAACAAGAGUACUUGUCACACAUGGCAUCCACUGGCUGCCUCAGGUGGACAAUAUAGUUGUCAUGACAGAUGGUCGUAUAUCAGAGGUGGGAACUUAUGAGCAGCUUCUGUCUCAUGAUGGAGACUUUGCCAAGUUCUUGAAGACCUACUUGACCCAGGAAACAGAAGAUGAAGAAGAUGAUCCUGAAAUUGCUGCCAUCAAAGCAAAGAUCUUAGAGAAGGUUGAGACAGUCGUGUCUAGUGUUACUUCUGGUGACGAGAGAACAAAAAGUGAUAAAGGUUUAACAAGACAAAUGAGUCGCCAGAUCACCACAUCAAUGAAAGAGAAAGAAACAAAAGAGGAUCCCAAGAACGCUCCCACGAAAUCAAAAGCAGGUACAGACUUGACUCAGGAGGAAAAAUCAGAAACUGGAAAGGUGAAGUAUUCUGUGUUUCUUGUCUACUUCAAGGCUAUUGGACUUUGGGCUACAUUGUUCUUCUUCAGCUUCUUUGCCGGCUAUCAAGCAGCGAAUGUCUACUCCAGUAUCUGGCUGUCUGAUUGGACGGCAGAUAGUGUGUUAAACAAUAGGUCCUUGUCCAACACCAGUGAAUACAGCAACAGGAAUGACAUGUACCUGGGGGUCUAUGGUGCUCUUGGAGCUGGUCAAGCACUUCUGAUCUUGUUGUAUUCCAUCAUCGCCUCCAUACGCAUGGUCCGGGCUGCUGGCACCCUGCACAACCACAUGUUGGCCAAUGUCCUGCGCUCUCCAAUGUCUUUCUUUGACACGACCCCCUCCGGCAGAAUUAUGAACAGGUUCUCUGGAGAUGUGGAGACUGUAGACAACACGCUGCCAUCACUGUUCAGGAGUUGGAUGAACACGUUCUUUGGAACUAUCAGCACCAUAAUUGUGAUCAGCUACAGUACACCAAUAUUUAUGGUGGUCAUUUUGCCUUUGGGAGUGCUCUACUACCUAGUUCAGAGAUUUUACAUCCCAACAUCUCGUCAGUUAAAGAGAAUAGAAUCCACCACCAAGUCUCCUGUCUUUACUCACUUCACAGAAACAAUCACUGGAGCCACAUCUAUCAGAGCCUACAAGGCAACAAAAAGGUUUACUGAAGAGUCACAGGCAAGAGUGGAUAAAAAUUUGGUCUUUUAUUUUGCUGGAAUCGCAUCAAACAGAUGGCUGGCGACAAGGUUAGAAUUCCUUGGCAACUUUGUGGUUCUGGCUGCAGCUAUGUUUGCUGUCGUUGCUGGUGAUAUUAAUCCCAGUAUAGUAGGCCUGUCUGUCUCAUAUGCUUUACAGGUGACUGGCGGCUUGAACUGGAUGGUGAGGAUGACCUCUGACCUGGAAACUAAUAUAGUAGCUGUUGAAAGAAUUAAUGAGUAUACGCAGACACCUUCGGAGGCAGCUUGGAUCAAUCCAUUCAAACAACCAAUCUCAAACUGGCCAGUGAAUGGUGCCAUUGGUUUCAAUGACUACAAGACACGUUACCGACCUGAACUAGAGUUGGUAUUGAAAGGUCUGACCUGUUUGAUUAAAGGAGGAGAGAAGGUUGGUGUAGUUGGCAGGACGGGUGCUGGCAAGUCCUCCUUGACUGUGGCUUUGUUUCGUUUAAUCGAGGCCUCCAGUGGAAGCAUUGCAAUAGACGACACAGUAAUCAGUGACAUUGGGCUUCAUGAUUUGAGGUCAAGGCUGACAAUACUGCCACAGGAUCCAGUUUUGUUCUCUGGGACUCUCAGGAUGAACCUUGACCCCUUCAACUCCUACACUGAUGCCAUGAUCUGGAGAGCUUUAGAGCAUGCUCACCUGAAAUCUUUUGUGGAAGAGACUCCAGCAGGACUUGAGUUUGUUUGUGAUGAAGGAGGUCAGAACUUAAGUGUGGGUCAAAGGCAGCUGGUUUGUUUAGCCCGAUCACUUCUACGAAAGACAAAGAUUUUAGUUUUGGAUGAAGCCACGGCUGCAGUGGACAUGGAAACCGAUGAUCUGAUUCAGAAAACAAUACGAAGUGAAUUUAAAGACUGUACAGUUCUGACCAUCGCUCAUAGACUCAACACCAUCAUGGACUAUGACAGAAUUAUGGUUCUGGAUCAGGGGGAGAUAAAAGAGUUUGAUGCUCCAGACAUUUUACUGAAAAACAAACAGUCCAUUUUCUAUGGCAUGGCUAAAGACGCCAACUUGGUAAAAUAAACUUUUCUUGGUUGGAGAGUGCUGUGAUGUUUACAUAUAAAGGAUUAUCUAGGUCAGUGUUGAUCACUAUUUACGCUCAAGGCCAUUAUAUUUAUUUGCAUGAAGAUUUAUUUUUCUAAGUUAUACAUUGAAUCAUAUUCAUAUUAUGAAAACAUUUUUAAAAGCUCUUUAAAAAAAAUGUACAAUUUGUAUAUUUUCAUUAUUUAUUUCAUUUCUGUCUUUAUCCAAUAGAUUUUGUUUCAUCUUUUAAAUAACAACAAAAAUAUAUAUGUAACAUUCUAGAUAUACUUUGUAUGUAUGAUCCAUAUGUUUUAUCUGACUUUUAUUGUAAUUCAUUCAACAAUUGUAUGUGCUUUUUUGGAUUGUUAAUAAAUUUUGAAAUGGAAAAAGAA